CCUGCACUACGUGAGGUCGACUUGGAGGGAAGUGAACGUUGCUAAGAGAGAGAAAAAAAUAGGAGAAGAAAGCAGAAACAUCAGCCACCUCCAAAAAAAGCUGCCUCAGGAGCAGUGAAGUGUCUUCAUGGCAGUUCGUCGAGGACACACUAAGUACUUGAAAGCCCACCUGGCCGACUUGCAGGAGGUGUAUGACAUGUCAAACGGUUAUGAAGACCACAUGGGAGGGGACGAGGGGAAGGAUGCCAAGACCAACCUGAUAGUGAACUACCUGCCUCAGAGCAUGACGCAGGAUGAGCUGCGAAGCCUGUUCAGCAGCAUCGGAGAGGUGGAGUCUGCCAAGCUCAUUCGAGACAAAGUCGCAGGCCACAGUUUAGGGUACGGAUUUGUUAACUAUCUUAACCCUAGUGAUGCAGAAAGAGCUAUCAGUACACUGAAUGGACUAAGGCUACAGUCCAAAACUAUCAAGGUUUCAUAUGCACGGCCCAGCUCUGAUACAAUAAAGGAUGCCAACCUGUAUAUCAGCGGCCUGCCAAAGUCCAUGACCCAGAAAGAUGUGGAGGACAUGUUUUCACGUUAUGGACACAUCAUUAAUUCCCGGGUACUUGUUGAUCAGGGUACAGGUACGACAGGUGUGUCCCGUGGGGUGGCUUUUAUCCGAUUUGACAAGCGGGCAGAGGCAGAGGAUGCCGUCAAAAACCUGAAUGGCCAGAAACCACCGGGAGCCUCUGAGCCAAUCACAGUGAAAUUUGCUGCCAACCCAAACCAGGCAAAGAACACGCAGCUCAUUUCUCAGCUCUACCACAACCAGUCCCGACGCUUCGGAGGACCCUUACACCACCAGGCACAGCGGUUUAGGUUUUCCCCCAUGGGUGUUGAUCACAUGGGCAGCAUGGGAGGCGUCAGCGUCCCUGGGAACUCCACCUCCGGCUGGUGCAUCUUCAUCUACAAUCUGGGUCAAGAUGCAGACGAGAGCAUCCUGUGGCAGAUGUUCGGCCCCUUUGGCGCUGUCACCAACGUCAAAGUGAUCCGAGACUUCAACACCAACAAGUGCAAGGGCUUCGGCUUCGUUACCAUGACAAACUACGAGGAGGCGGCAAUGGCCAUCGCCAGCCUGAACGGCUACCGGCUCGGAGACAAGAUACUGCAAGUGUCCUUUAAGACCAGCAAGGGCCACAAGUAGAGUGAGCUGGACAAUCAGGUGUAGAGGAGAGAGGGAAAUGGCCUGCGCCAGACUUUUGUUUGAGAGCAAAAGUAUGCGUUUGCAAAGUCUGGCACAUCAGUUUGGGUUUUAGUGUAUUCAGAAUUAAAUGACGUUCAUUUUUCUGCACCUUUGUAUUUGUCUAAAAGAGUGUCUAGGCAGUUUUUUUCCAUCUUUAUAUUCAUGCUUGGGGCUUGAGGACACUCAGUAGUUAUAAUUUUUAGGCAGAGGAUGUAGAGGGCAAAAUCCCAACAUACCCCCAAGAUAACGUUGGAAAAUUAUCUUAAAAAGCUAAAAUGCUGUCCAUAUUUGUUGCAUGUAAAACUGUGGGCACUAGAUAAAGGAGGCAUGCAAACAGUGCACUGAAAAUGCAGAGCAUAAGGAAAGCCCUGUAAAUUGUUCUCCAAGUGUCAAAAUUUUAGUGGAUAGUUCAUAGUCUAAAGCAGGUGAAGAACAGUGUUUUGCCUGGAGCCAGUGGUUGUUUCAUUUUGGGAAAGCAGUGCUUUGUCCUGGAUCCUCAUCAUAAGUAGAAAUAGAUGCCUUAAACGAUCAUCCAGUGGACACACAGACCUACAGUACCACUCACUGUCUUGAGUCGAUCUCAGAGCAAAGCACUUUUAACCAGUCUGUUUUAGGUUACUAUGAAUAUCAGUCUUUUUGAUGUGAAUCUAUGACUUUUGCUCACCCUCCGACCAGGUCUAUGUUUUAAACACGACGAGCCCUGGAGGGGAAUGUUUUUGUUGUUAUCCCUGUGUAAAGUGUCUUUUUAUUCUAAGUUGUAUUUCAGGAGAGUCCUGUUGAAAAUGAUCCCCAGUCAAUGAGUAGGGAAUUAAAAUGGACCAAAGACAGGGAGAGAUCUGAUCCUAUAGCCCCAGAAGACUUUUUCUGAGCAGAUUUUCACAAGGUAAAUUCACAUAUUUUUGAUUUGGUUUUUUGUUUGUUUUGUUUUGUUUUGUUUUUUUUUGAAGAGGUACUAAGGUUAUAUCUGAUGCUGACUGAGAGCAACAUCAUUCAGACUCAGUUUGCCGUUCUGUUUUGUUUUUUUCUUUCAUUUUGAGUUCAUUUGUUUUCUUUUUGUUUGGAUUUUCUAGAGGCGUAGAUUUUUAUUUGUCACAAUGUAAGUUACAAACUUGUUUUAACGAGUGCUUAUCUCAAGUUUGGAGAGAAAUUAAUGGCCUUUGUUUAUGAUUUCAGUUUAGAUUUGCUUUCUUUUCUUCCUUUCUUUUGGUUGUUUCACUUUGAACAUAAACCAUUAAAUUUUAUUUCAUUUUGCUGAAAGUUUUGUUUGGUUUGUUUCUUUUUUUGAUUUACCGUUUUUAGAUUUGGUUUGGAGUUUUGUUCUAUUAUUUUUCUAGUAGCAAAUCUGCAGCGCUGAUAUCAGGAAAAAUCCCUUGUCAAGUAAAAACAGGCUGUUGCACAGCGUUUCCACUGGAGGCUUUUAAACAUCGGAGACAGGCUUAAAAUUUUUUUGAAAGAUGAACAACAUAUGGACCAACGUUAGUUGAGAUAAAGUUAUUUAACCUGCACACAGACAAAUGAAGGAAAGUGACUAUCCAGCAAACAUUGUGUGAAGCAACAUUUCUGAGAUGGCGACUAAGUAUAAACCACCGAAGAGUAACAAUUAGCAAACUGAAGCUGCGUGAAGUCACUUUGGUACGGUUGUCUUUCCAUCAGUUGUGAGUUGAAUGUCAGCAUUAUUUAUUGCUUUUUGAAACCUGAGCAAACAGCAAAAAAAGGACAGUUCACAGCUUUUGACCCAAAUCCACUGUAUAAUGGGGGUUACUGUUAAUUAGUGAAGACUUAGCUUUGUUUACUUGCACAGUGAAGCUCUUCUCAUAUUGUCCAUUUUUGCCAUAUCACCGCUGAUCUUUUUCUAAUGAUAAAUUUGGUAGGUUGUCUUGUUCUCUAAGGUGUUUGAAAGGUGCAGAAUUAGCAUUGAUAAUUGUAAUUGUUUCUGAUUUAACCUGACCACAAAUUGAACAGAGGGGCGACUUGGUGAAGGACUUCCAAGUAGCAAAAGAUUCUUGGGAACAGUACCCGCUCACGCUUUUUAGGAUUCUCUUUUAAAACCAUCUUUUCCCCCCCAGCAAUAAUUCACCUGACACUUCAUUGAACUUGUAUUAAAUCUAUUUGAUCUAUCUCUGAACGGAGUAUUUCCAUCUCAAGCCUCUCAAGAUUUUGGUCUUAAAAGUGCUUUUCUGAGUUAGUAUUUCCAUGUUAUUUUUGUGUCACAAUCCUUAACUUUGUGCAAUACUUCGUGACUUGCUCAAAGCAGGUGAUAGUAAUUUGUUGUAGUCUUGGAUUGUCAUCUUUUUGAUAAUUUCUUUUUUUUCUACUGACGUUAUGUUACUGCUUGGUUUUUUUUCAGCAGUCUAGUUGGAUUUGCAUGAAAGAUGCAAGUGAAUUUGUUUUAGGAGCAGUCAGAAUAAACUGCAUUCCGCCUUAAUUUAUAAGUGGAAAUGGUGUAUUUUACAUCAGAGGAAGCGCAAAUAUUUAUUUGACACUGUAUAUGGUUAUACUUGUUACUUAUUGGAGUGUUUUUAAUGGAUUAUUGAUUUUUUUUUUUUCCUUUUUUGGUUUUGAACGGACACUACGUUUAAGUCCAUUAAAUGUCUUCUAACAUUGGAUCAUUUCAAUAAAAACAUGGUGCAAUA